CAUCCUCAUAAUCCAACCAUUUUUCUAUAGAUUUUCUCUUCCGUCUUCGCAUAUUCAAUCUAUCAAUCGCCGGCCUUGCCCUUAAAUCAGUGAUCAACCAACGAAUGUGUCUUGAAACCAAUGAUAUUUUGGUGGGUCUCGAUUGCAGUUUUCAGGAGUUGAUCUCCAUUAUUGAUUGUUAGUGUUUAAUUUGACAUUUGUUGAUGGGUUUGAUUUCGAAGUUCGAAUUUCAUGCAUCUGUUCGUAGUCUUGUUGUGAUCUCCAAAUUCAACUGAAAUUCCAGCUGGGUGUUUGAGUAAUUGAGUUGAUUUCCUUUUGGGAAGUUUUUGUCUCUUGGAUUUCUUAUAGAUUAAUCUGUGUUUUAUGCAAGAAAGUUCGAUAGAAAUCGGUAUAAAUGGGUAAGGGAGAGCUAAGCAUAGACACUGAGGGAGAUGACAUGGAGGGUGAAUCAUCUUCACGCCUUCGUAACGGUGAGGUACACUCUUUUCGGUCUCAUUAUCCUGGUUUAGUUAGACUAAAAGCCUAUAUAUUCGACGGAUUAGGUGAUUACUACAAUAAAGAAUGGGAUCUGUUGGAAGGUAGUGGCAAAGAGUUUUGUUGGUAUCAUGUUGAAAUUCCCAAAGGAAAUCAGAAACUUUCUCAAUCUGCUCAAUACCUGAUUGAUGUUCUUUGUCCACCCUUGAAACUUCAAGACAUUCUUUCCUUAAUUAGCAAUGGACCAUAUUGUGGGCAUGUUGAUGGAGCACUUGUAUUUAGGGUCAAUUCACCUGGUCCACCCUCAAGCAAGUUUACAUUUAGGCUAGCUGCUAGGGUUACUGAGAAUUCCGUGAUUACUGUGUCUUUAGGCCGGGUUCCUAGAUUGGGGUUCUCUCCGGUGGGCCAGUCUCUUCUCUCUGAGAUCCCGAGUGUGGAGAGUCCAGGUGCUAAACAAAGUGGGAUGAGGGAAAGAGAAGGUAUUGUGAUCAAGGAACAUGUUCUUGAAUUCUUGUUGACAAUGAAUCAUUCCGAGGAGGCAGACAAUCCUGUUCCUAAAUCUGUCUCAAAUUUGGUCGUUCAUGUUGUUGACACGCAUGUGGAUCACCUCGAGGAUAUUGUUACUAAACUUGAGAUUGAGCUUGACUCGGUAGAAGUUGAAUUAGAUAAAGGUGGUUUUUCUUUGAAGAAACAAUAUCUUGAUGAUAGAAGAUUCCCUAAAAUGCAUCUAGACUUGCAACGGCUGUUACAGGUGAUUACACAUGGAGAACAAGUGUUCCCGAGAGUGAAGGAAAAAUGUUGCGCAAAGGAUUGGUUUGCGAGUGAAGACAUCAGUUCCCUAGAAGAGUUGAUCGGGAGGCUGAGAAGGCUAAAGGAUAACGUCGGUUUUAUCUCCAAUCGUGUCAAUGCCGUCCAGGCUGGUCUUGAUAGUUGGCAGGCUGAGCAAAUCAACCGAAAACUAUACUAUCUCUCGUUCCUAUCCAUCAUAUUUCUUCCUCUAUCCAUCAUUACAGGAGUUUUUGGGAUGAACGUGGGAGGCGUCCCUUGGACAGGACAACGAGAUCCUGAGCUAGUAGACGGUUUCAGAAACGUGAUGUUGGUUUGUCUGGCAACUUUAGCUCUCGUGUUCUUAUGCUUCCUGUUUCCAUUUCUUUAUAGCCGAAUAACUGCUUGGAGGAGACAAAAAGCGUCAAAACGAAGCUGGUCUCUUAACCGGAGAUCCUUCCUCAAAAGAACCGUUGCAAGAGAUAGAGAAGGUUACCUUUGCCUCUGACCCGAAUCAAGAUUUGAACCAGAAACCUUCUGGUUCGACUGUAAAUCAACUUUCUUUUCCAAGGACAUACAAUAUCUUGAUAAUGGUUAUACGUGUUUUUUUAUGUUGGAGAAUUAUACUUCUUUCUUGGCC